AUGACAUCUCUUGUACUCCACCCCAUCAAUGUUCAUAUUACACCGACGUCGGAUGAAGUCGUUAAUGUCGUGGCUGAUGUGUUGCGCUCAUUCUUUCGUCACCUCGAAUCGCCUUUGAUACCGUGCUAUAUGCAAGAACGCUUGUUUGCUAUUGCAGAAAUCAAAGAUUCUUCAAGGCUAGACGAAUACCAUGAGGUGUUGAUGAGUCUGCCACGAGUUCGUUUGCAAACAUUGCGGCGUUUGUUGGAUCAUUUGAAGGAUGUCACUGAACACGCUAACGCUAAUCUAGCAAGCAUUGAGAAUAUUGCACAAAUUUUUGGACCAACCAUAUUCGCUGUAGAUAAGAAUGAAGAGAAUCGUGGGUUCCGAGGCUACGAUACAAUGGGCGAACAAUCGAGAGUUCUUCGAGACCUUAUACUCCAUUAUACGACCAUCUUUCGGGCUCGUGCUGAUGGCUUCUUGGUACCGAUACAUUUGUUUGAAAAAGACAGCUACACAUUCAAUGUUCAAUCAACGUUAACUGCUGAGCAAGUAUGUGAGGCUGCUCGCAAUCGUCCGUGCUUUCGUGAUGAAGCAUCCAAGGGCAAUUUUGCUCUGUUUGAGAUGAUCAAAUGUGGUCAGCUACAACGACGUGUUGGUUUACGCGAGAAGAUGAAGUCAAUGGUGACGGGACGUUGGUUGGACUGGGAUCCUACAGAUUGUUUUCUACUCUUCAAACGAGAUCCACAACCGUUCUCGUUUGAUCAAAUGUAUCCAUUCGCGGAUGAUGUGAAAAUAGCAGAACCUGGAUCGAAAUCGUUCAGUACGGCCCAUUUAAAACUUGAAACUGGCACAACGAUCGUUCAUUACAAUAAGUCAAUGAAGCAACUGAACGAAUGGCAUGUUGAUGAUGUUUUGUGGUUUAUGGACCAUGAAACUGCUCGAAAGCCACCAACUUCGUUCACGUUAACGUUCAUUUUGACGAAAAAAAGUUUCAAAUUCAAAUCGAAAUUUAUCGGCUAUUGUAUAGCGUUUCGUGAUAAUAAUCAGCGAGUUCAGUGGCUGAAUUCUGUGCUCAGCUCACAGCUGGAUUUCCAAGCUUUACCCUCACCUUUGUUGCAAAUUUAA